CUACAACGCGCUUCUACUCCAGACCACAUAAAGCACUAGAGUGCCGGUCAAUUUACCGCUUUAUUAGUCGCUAAAACUACAUUUUUGAAUCUUUCUGCGAGGAAUGUCACUCCAGUGAUUCAAAUGAAAGCAAUUCGUUUUUAGGAUUCGAUUCAGAGUGAACGCACGAUGCCUAAUCUCUGCUCGGCGCUAAACUGCAACAGGACCAGCACAACCUCGGUGCUGGCGUUCUUCAGGUUUCCACGGGACCCGGAGAGAUGUAAGAAAUGGGUGGAAAACUGCAAUCGGUCAGAUCUGAAAGACAAAUCACCGGACCAUCUAAACAAAUACCACAGACUGUGUGCCAGGCACUUUGAACCUAACCUGAUAUUCAAGUCUAGCCCUUUCAGGACAGUCCUAAAGAAUAAUUCGAUACCAACUAUAUUUGAUGAUCCUUGCCGCAAACGGUCAAAUAAGGAAGUGGAAAAUAAGGAAGCCCCUCAAGCAAAGAAGGGUAAAUCGGAUACCCAAUGUGAAGAAGAUAUUCGUGGCACAACAACCGAGAAGAUCAGUGAAAGCAACAAUGGUGAUGGGGCUGAAAGUGGCCCCCAGACUUAUGAUGAAGAAACGCUGAACAAAGAGUAUCUCAAGUCUUUGUUUGAUAUUGUUGUGAUGAUGGGUACGCAGAACAUUCCUCUGCAUGGGCACUCUGAUAAAGAGCCCAAAAGCAAAAGCUUCACUCCCAGCAACUUCCAGGCACUGUUGGAGUACCGCAUCAAUGCAGGUGAUGAAUUCCUCAGGAAGAAGUUUGAGAUGUCUGCCAUAAACUUGGAGUACUGCUCCUCUACUCAGUUACAGCAGAUGCUGGAAGUGAGUGAAAAUUGUGUCCGUCAAGAGCUGUUAGCUGAAGUUAAAGAGGGACGUUUCUUCUCAUUGAUUAUUGACAACCUGGUUGAGAUAGUCGGAGAGAGCCAUCUCCCGUUGUUUGUACGCUUCGUGGACAAGAGCAACUGCCUUCAGGAAGUAUUAAUUGGGUUCUUGCUUUUUGAAGGAGAUGCGGAGGCCAUAACUGAGAGGCUUAUUGUUGAAGUGACCGAGAAAUGUGGCCUGGACAUGCAGUAUUGCAGAGGGCUGGCGUAUUUGUGCUCUGGUGUGUCUGCUAUGAAGGUCAAAGCAGUGGCAGCCAGAAUAUCUGAGUUACACCCGCUAGCUGUCCUCACCCCCUGCUCCAAUAGCUCUCUAAACGUCUGCCUGGCAAACAGUAUGAACCUCACAGGAGUGCAUCUUGUCAUGUCUACACUGAAAAAGCUGGAUGCGUUUUUCAGUAAAUCGCCAUUAUUGCAGAAUCAGUUGGAAAAUGCCAUUUUGAUCUACUACCAGGGAAAUGACGAGAAAGCCAACGUUCUCAAGGAGGCUUGUUACUCCAAAUGGACAGAGCAGCAUGAUACAUUCGAAGUGGCUGUUGACCUCCUGGAGUCUCUCCUGCUUUGCAUGGAUAGUGUCCAUGACAAUGAAGAUCACAAAUGGAGCAAUGAAGUGGCACACAAUGCCUUUGUCAUAUCUGAAGCACUGGCUGAUUUCGAAUUCGUUAUGACAUUAGUUGUGUUGAAAAACACCCUGUCCUUCUCCAGAGCCUUUGGCAAGAAUCUUCAAGGCCAAACGAAUGAGGUCUUCUUUGCAUCUAGCAGUCUAACUGCGGUUCUGCAUUCACUGAAUGAAGUGUUUGAGAAUAUUGAGGUCUACCAUGAGUUCUGGUUCGAAGAGGCUGUCAACCUGGCUGCAGCCCUUGAAAUACCAGUAAAAAUUCCCAGGCUGUACUUCAGAAAACGACCAAAUUCUGGUGAGGAAAUCCAACCAGAGACAUACUACAAAGAACACGUCACCAUUCCCGUGGUCACCCAUGUCAUCAAGGAGCUGUCUGAGCUCUUCUCUGAAAAUCACCUUAAGGCUUUGAAGUCCUUAACACUUGUUCCUGCCAUCAUGGGGCAGCUGAAGUUCAACACAGCAGAGGAGAGCACUGCAGACAUUUACAGGAAUGACCUGACAAACCCAGACACCUUUCCUGCAGAGUUGCACUGCUGGAAGAUCAAAUGGAAGCAUGGAACUAAAGAUGUUGUACUGCCAUCUACCAUCUAUGAGACACUUCAGCUGUCCGAUGUGAAGUUCUUUCCCAAUGUGUGUGCUCUCUUGAAAGUCCUGUACAACCUGCCAGUCUUUGCUGUGACAAACGGCCAGUGCAGCACUGCAAAACAGCGGCUGAAAGUGUACCUGGAAGAUACACCUGCGCAUCAUAGAAAUAAGAGUCUGGCCCUGGUUAAUAUUAACUGUGCCAUUCGGCAUGAUUUGGAUGUCAUGGUGGAGACAUUCCUGAAAAUGUAUCCAGAUAGUGAGCCAACUGAGAAACAUGACUGAUUACAUGAAUCAGUUCAGGCUGAUAUAUGGCAGUAUGAUGACUGGGUUGUGAAUCGGCAGUUUGCAGAUAUAAUUCUGUUACUUUUAAUUUUAUGCAUGGUGAUUCAAGAUUGGCAGGACUUGAGACUUUUCUUCCUGUCCCAAUUUGUUUUAUAGUCUUUAUAUAGUGUUAAAUUUAAAUUGACUUUAAAACAUAAUCAAUCUUUUGAUGACAAACUUCAUCAGUACUCCUCAGUCUUGAAAUGUUUGUCAAAGGAAUAGUUCACCCAAAAACAAAAUUUCUCAACAUUUACUCGACCUCAUGCCAUCCCAGAUGUGCAUAACUUUCUUUCUUCUGUGGAACAGAAAUGAAGAUUUCAGCUCUGGAGGUCCAUACAAUGCAAGUCAACAGGGAUGAAAUCUCUACGCUUCAAAAAGCACAUAAAUAGAGCCUAAAAGUAAUCCAUAUGACUCCAGUGGUUAAAUCUGUGCCUUUUUUCUAUACAUUUUCCAGUGUGCCCAGUAGGUUGGUGAUGUGCACAAAGAAUGUGAAUGGCCAUAAACAAAAGAAGAACACUUAGGAGAGAAGAGCACUUGUAAGGGUUGUUUAAAAGUGGUGAUUUAUAGUAAAAAAGGACUUAAAUAUUAUUUAGUUUCUUGCCCACACCUAUCAUAUCACUUUGGAAGACAUGGAUUUAACCUCUGGAUUUGUAAUGAUUACUUUUUUGCUACCUUUUGUGCUUCAAAGUUUUGGUCACCAUUCACUUGCAUUGUAUGGACUUACAGAGUCGAGAUAUUCUACCAAAAAUCUUUGUUUGGGGUUUCUGCAGAAGAAAGAAAGUUAUACACAUCUGGGAUGGCAUGAGGGUGAGUAAAUUAUGGUUCUCUCCAGCCUAAGGUUGGAAAUUGGGUGAACUUUUCCUUUAUUAUUAAUUUGCAGGCUUUUCCUAAUAAUAUUUCUUAUAAUAUUUAGCCAUCUUUAAUACAUUUCUCAAAAAAUUUAAAAUGUUGUGUACGACUGGUGUCACUCAAUAUUAAAUCAAUUGUAGUUUUUUUUUCAGUCUGGUAAAAUAAAUG